UAGAUCGACCCCAACCAAGGGCAAAGUCACGCUCGCGUGAUGCCCGCGCUCGCUCGUAAACUAUAUCAUGUAGAUGUACGCCUACAAGUUUCGUUCUAUUUUUGCACCUUUGCCCAAGUUCUAUCUUAUCAUAAACUGUGAAGUUUCCCAGUUCUGCAGCUCAGCAAUAAAAAAAUUACUAGUGUAGACUGAGCUGGACUGAAACAGGCUGCAAAAUGGAGUGUGUGACAGGCUGUGUGGAUUCCAGAGGGGCUGUGCAAGAUGCAGCUACAAGUAGCUCCCAUUCCAGAGGGGAUGGUGACAGAGGCUAUGCACCUGACCUUGAAGAUUCUGAGAUCAAAAAUGAACAAAGUGAUGACAGUUUUAUUAGCAAUUUUGACGGUUCUCAUCCUGAUGGGAAACAGUUGGACACAAAUGCAAACAAGUCGGUCUUUGGCUACAAGGAUGCUAUGAUGUCACCACAGGAAGCAAACAUCAGAUCUCCGGAGGACCAAACCAAAGUCACAGAAUCUGAGAGUCAACAUCAAAAUCUUCCCCCAGUGAUCAGCUGUUCCAAUGCCAGUGGGGAUGCAUCCCUUGUUUGUGCUAGUUCUGGUAGGAGUGAUGUUGACGCCUCGGAUGGGGCUCUACAAAGCACAUCAGCCGAGGAGAUUGUUUCCAAACCACUGAAUGAAGCUCUCAUCGAUGCAGGACGAUUCUCCUAUGUUGCGCUUUGCAGCGUCAAUUUGGCAAUUCUCUUUGAAGACCAAUGGAACAAAGACUGGAAAGAGAGAAUGGUUCGUAGCCUGGUGAAGCACAUGAAACUACCCAAGAAGACGUGCGAGACUAUGAUGAUGUUCAUGAGCACUCCGCAGGACCUUGAGGGCGCCAUGAUCUUUGCCGAUAGCUUGCUUAAGGAUCCACACCUUGAUAAACCACAGCUCUUGCCAGAGGAUUUGAUUGGUCACGCUUUGGCAGAAGGGCAAUAUGAUGCUCGUUCUCGUGUUCUAGCUCUGCAUGUUGCGAGUUUGAUGGGCGUCCAGGAGUCCGAGAUCCAAAACUUUGAAGGAACAAUUGUUAGCUCCUUCAUUCAGGAAGAGGUUGAGGUGUCUGAGGAAGAGAAGAUUGAGAAAGAGAAACGAGCCAAGAUGAAGAAAGUGAAGCGUUUUGCCAUGAUUGGAGCGGCGGCAGUAGGGGGCGGAGCUCUGAUUGGUUUGACGGGAGGACUUGCUGCGCCCUUGAUUGCAUCAGCAGGUGCAGCAUUGCUGGGGGGCAGCGUGGGAUUUCUGGGAACAGCUGCAGGUGUGGCAGUCAUGGCAUCUGUGUUUGGAGCAGCAGGGGCGGGGCUGACGGGUUUCAAGAUGAAGAGGAGAGUUGGUGCCAUCGAAGAGUUUGAAUUUGAAGCUGUAUCGUCAGAGAAGGAUCUUCAUGUUACCAUUGCUGUGUCGGGAUGGCUUACAAAAGACACUAUGAAAUAUGAGGAUAUUCUUUACGAUAACUUCUCUGUCCCUUGGCUAACACUGGCGUCAUCUAAGGAAGUGUACUGCCUCCGAUGGGAGUCCAAGUACCUGUUAGCUCUCGGUGAAGCCUUGUCCAUGAUCCUCAAUAAGAUGCUGACGAUGGCCGCCAAAGAAGCUCUCAAGAUGACUGUCCUGGCUGGCCUAGUGGUUGCCUUUGCUCUGCCUGCCACUGCGUACUCCUCACUGGUCGCCAUCGACAACCCGUGGAGCGUGGUGACCAAUCGGGCGGCAGAAGCUGGGAAACAGCUGGCCGAGGUGUUGCUGUCGAGACAUCAGGGCAAGCGACCUGUGACCCUUAUUGGAUUCAGCAUGGGAGCUCGACUUAUCUUCUUUUGCCUCAAGGAAUUAGCAAAUAGAAAAGGCUGUGAGGGGAUUAUUCAAGAUGCGGUCUUAUUGGGUGCACCUGUGCCUUCCACAGCGAAAUACUGGAAACCAUUUGCUAGAGUUGUAGCUGGAAGAAUCAUCAAUGGGUACUGCAGAGGGGAUUGGCUACUCCAGUUUGUGUACCGUGCAGCGUCAGUUCAGAUGAUUGAUAUCUCUGGACUGGAACCGGUUGCUUGGACAGACAGACGGAUGGUCAAUGUGGAUCUGACUGAAAUAGUGAACGGCCAUUUUGACUAUGCUGACAAAAUGGAGGAAAUCCUUGCCCGCAUUGGACUGCGGACAAAAAGUACUCCCAUGUCACAAAAUCUGACCAAAGUGACCAGCGUGGAAACUGGAAAGGUUGGUGGUCAAACGGACUCUUCUACUGAUGAGCUGGAGACAGAGUUUGCUGUGAUAGAUGCAGGGGACUUGCUUCUGUCUGGAGAAGAUCCACCAAUCACACAAGCAGAAGCUCAAGGUAAUGCUGUUGCAGAACUGGAUGGAACUGGUCACGGCCAGUUGGAACCGGUUGAAGCCAUUGCCAAGGAGGACAGUGCAUUCUACAGCGGUUUGCACCUUACUGAGACAAAGACAGAGUUAGAUUCCAAGAUUUUGGAAUGUGGGGCUCCAUUGCCAACAGAGAUUGCUGGAGAAGUGGUUGCCAGGUUUCAAGAAUGUUCCAUUACCCCCAAGGGGGUUUCAUCAUCUGAUCAACUUCAAGAUGUAGAAGUAGGUGAAGAAGCUCUGAGUUGAGUGAGGUUUCUGUUCAGUAAAUAAUAAGCUGAAGCCUUGACAUGUUAAUGAAAAUCUUUGUCGACUAUUGGCAAAUGUUACAAGUUUUUAUUUGCUCAGUGCAAGAUAUACUGUAAAGUCUUGAUGAUUUAAAGAGUUAUUUGUAGCAGUGUAUUCUGUGUAUGAAAGUGCAAAGCGGCUUCUCCGCAGUUUUUAAAGAGUGUCUGAUGAGGGCACGGAUGUAUUGUUGAAAGGAAGAAGGGAGUCAACCUAGUGUCAUUGUAUUAAAGAGUUUGAAAUCAGUAAAGCAUUGAAAACCUAAUAUUGAUUGGUUUAAAACCUAAUAUUGCUUGGUUCCUGAACUAAAAAAAGCCUUAAAUGUUACUCAAGCCAAAAUGAUACAUUUUAUUUUCAUAUCUAAAUGGAAGCAGAAUAUUUAGAAUAUUUAGUUGUUUUUGAUAAUUUCCUUAAUCUUAAGAUGUAAUACAUGUAUGUAAAUGACAUUUUUUUUCAGGAAUGCUUUGCUUGUUUUUACGAUGUUUUACAGACCGUGAAAAAUAGCCUGAAAUUAAUAACAAAAUGCAGCUUGCAAUUGAUGUUAGAGAUAAAUGUUUAAUGAAAGACUUUGACUAAAUGUUUCCGUAUAUUCGUAGUUUCCUGCUAAUAAGCUCUUUGCAGGAUACAUGUACGUGCCAAUCUUUUUUCAAGAGUUGAAAAUAAUUUUCUUACAAUUUCACAAUCAAGUAACAUUUAUCAGCUCAACAUUUAGAUAUGUUUGCAUGCUCAGCCAGCAUUUAUAUGCUUGAUUAAUUCAUCGACUAGAUAUUUUAUUGUAGAAAGAAACCAAAUUUCGCCAUUUAGAUUUCUUCACAUUUGUGUGAAGCAGCUGUGAUUUGUAAAGAAUUCAGCAUCCACUCCUGUCAAUAUAUGCGCCUGUGAAAACAAUUCAUUCCAACACUAAGGUCACGAACAAUGAGCUGGUAAUUCUCUCUUGGAAGUCAAGCAAUGUGAUGCAAAAGCGCAUGCGCGCUGCCAAAAGUAUUAUUUUUUGUGCAACAUUUUGAAAGUAAUAUUUCUCAACUGCAUGUAAUUUUUACCGCUCAGGACUCAGAAGAGCGUCUUUGCUUGGUGGUAUUUUGCUUCAUUAAACUCCAUUUAUUUGAAGUUUAAUUGAUAUUUUAUUUUCUUUUUGUUAACUUUAUAUGUGUAUUUUUCUUAGUUUUCAUUCUUACAAUGUUAAUUGAAACGUUCAUUGCGCAAAAAUACAAAAAAAUGCUCUUAGCCGAUUUGAAUUCAACUUGAAAGGCUAACGCCUUGUUGAUGUUUAUUUUCAGAAUAUAUCAGAAAACUGCUUACUUUAUAGAAAACCAAAAAAUAUUCAUUUUUUUUGUUAUUGUAAUUGCAUUUCUAAACCUGACCCCUUGCCAAUACUGUACUUGUAUUUUCUAAAAAUAUCUAAAAAUCAUCUGUUUAAGAAAUUUGGCAAGGUUUACCCCUUUGCCUAUAUUGAUUAUGUAAAAAAUCUUUAAAAUCUUCUUAUCAGCUUAUUUUAAUUAAUUUGCCCAACCUGAAAAAGUUCCAUUUUUGUUGAUUUUGAUUAAAACGGCAAGGUUUACGCGUUUGAAACGUAAAUUUUUCAGAAAAUCUUUUAAAAAUUGCAUUUUGGCUGAUUUAAUGAAAAUGGUAAGAUUUCUUUCUCCCCUUCAAAUCUUAAUUUUGGGAAGAUCUUCAUUUGGCUUUUUUUAUAAAUAUUAGUUUUUCAGAUAAAGAAUGUUAUUACCAUUUUCCUUUUGGAUUCAAUUAGCAAAUUUUUAUUUUGCAGAAAAUCGCAAGUAUUGUUGGAUUUCUAUUGAAUUUCAAGGCUUACCCCUUGCAUAGCUCAAAAAUGUUCAUUUUGCCUGAUUUAAAAAACUUGCAAUUCUUUUUAUUGAAUUGGCAAGGCCAACCCCUCGGAAAUCGUAAUUUCUUGGAAAAGUUGAAAAAGAUUCAUUUUGGUUCAUUUUAAUUGAAUUGACAAGGCUUACCCCUUGCAACUAAGAAUUUUUCAGAAAAUCUUAAAAAUCUUCAUUUUGGAGGAUUUCAAUGAAAUUGGCAAGACUUACCCCCACAAUACUGUAAACUAUUAAAAAGCUCAAAAACUUUCA